AUGCAUUGGCAAAAGACAAAUCAGCAAGGCGCUCUCGAUGGUGCAGAAGCCGUGUGGGCUAAUCGCGAUUAUUGGUGGUCCGACAAACAGGAGAACGUGUUUCAACGAAAACUGAACGGUCAACUGGUGGUCGUCGUCGCGGGCGUGGAGAACCCUUCCGCUAUUCUCUCUGCACAUGAUCCCGCGUUUUAUGUGACUGACGAUCAUGCUGUGGAUUUCAGCGCAUUUGCUAAAGAUACCGCCCAGCAUAUCUCGGAACACAGCCAGAGCGGCUACGUUGCCACCUACUCCAAAGACUCUAUCCAAGCUCUGCCCUUCAUGGAUGCGAAUGCUUACGCCGCUCAAGCCUACAAUGCCUUCCAAGAACACUAUCCUGAACUCACUACCAGCACAUUUGAUAUGCAGAAAGAGGCAGAUAAAUCGUUUGUUCUCGAAGUGGAGCAAGUGCGCGAUAUCAUCAAAGCAUUUACGCAAGGUGACAGGGCAGUUGAUGCCACUACUGACUAUGUUGCCAUUGACUUUAGCAGCCUCAACUCAUUGAAAGAGGCUUACGGCGUUGAAUCUUCUAAGUACAGAGAAGCCGAAUUAGUUCUCAAGAAUUUGUUUGAAAAGACUAUCAUUCCGGAUUUCCAACAACACUAUGCUGCCAACGAUCGUGCUGUGGCUACUUUUGUGAUGGCCCCUUCAUCCGCUCCCCGUUUUAUUAAACGUGCUGUUCCCGAAGCGGCUGUGGAUGAUUCUUGCUUUGAAUCAAAGGAGUUUUGCGAAGAAAACACUGACGGCUGCAAUGGACGUGGUAGCUGUAAAUCCGAUGGUGAAUGCUAUGCGUGCCAAUGCUCGACCACUUUCUUUGGUCCCUCAUGUCAGUUUGAGGACGUUUCCGAUCACUUCCAACUGUUGUUCUGGACAAGCGUCGGUUUGAUUAUUGUGACGGCUGGUGUCCUGGUGUUCGUGUAUAAGAGCGGCAAUAUCGAAAACGGUGGUAUCAUGAUGGGCCCUCAAGCUUUACCCAAACAAGAUUAA